AUGCAACCCCUUCUACAUUUCCUCGAUGACCACAUCCCCCGCUGGCGAUGGAUGAGCACCGCGCAAUUGAACUUCCAAUUGCGGAAUAAACGUCCGGUUUAUCUAGAAUUUCUCCACCGAAACGGUGCAGAAUCAGGAAUUCUCCAAUUCACCGAUGAUUGGUCAAUCGACCGCACUCUCCUGUACCGAGGCCGGAAAGUGACUGUUCAGCAAUACUUUGAAAAGCGGUAA